GUUUUAGCAAAUACAUCAUGAUAAUGCACAAGUUUAAAUAUUUUCCUUGGAGAUGACCUAAACACUGAGGAAUUCUUCCCAAACAGAUUUAACAAAUCACAUUAAGCACAAAUUGUUAGCGAAUCGGACCUUUCCGUUAAUUGUCUAACGGCUCCACAACAGUGAUCACCCAAUACCACAUCAAUGGCAGAUAGUCAACCAAUCAGAAGGCAGCUCUAUAUAAGGCUUUGUGACAUUUGCUAGAAUAAAAUAAAAUUCACAGUUUUAAACUCUAGCCUGGAAGAUAGCCCCUUAAUUCGACAAGAUUCGUGUCCCUGUGAAUUGGACCAGCUACAAUGAGCGACUCGGAGUACUCCUCGAUUGAAGACAAAAACGACAAGAAAUCAAAUGGUCGUCUCCUGGACAUUCCGUGUAAAGUAUGUGGUGAUCGAUCCUCUGGGAAGCACUAUGGUAUUUACGCUUGCGAUGGCUGUAGUGGAUUCUUUAAGCGAAGCAUMCGAAGAAAUCGCAGCUACACUUGUCGCGCGACGAACGGCAAGGGAAAUUGUCCGGUCGACAAGAUUCACAGAAACCAGUGCCGCUCAUGUCGGCUUAAGAAGUGUUUCGAUGUCAGUAUGAAUAAAGACGCUGUUCAGCAUGAGCGCGGACCCAGAAGCUCCACCCUAAGAAAACAAAAGAUGCUUAAGGAGGCACAAGAAAGACUGGAGCUGGUCAGCGUCACGCAUGCUCAGCAAGGGCAAAGUGGGUUCAUUAACACUCUUCUGGCGGCCGAACCACGUAUCGAUGCUUGUGGUGUCCCGUCGACGGAUUUUGACCUUGGCCUUGAUUACAAACCUAUAGCGUUACAGACUGAUCUCUCAGUCUCGAUGUUUUAUUCAAGCCCUGAAUCUGUCUGUGAGGCUGCUGCUAAGCUAUUGUUUAUGUCGGUGAAAUGGGCGAGGAAUAUCCCGUCUUUUGUCAGCCUUCCAUUCAGAGACCAGGUGAUCUUGCUGGAAGAAAGCUGGCGGGAACUCUUUUUACUUGGAGCAAGCCAGUGGUCAAUGCCAUUAGAAAUCGCGCCGAUUCUCGCCGCAGCUGGCAUGCAUGUGGACAACACACCCCCAGAAAAGAUUGUUGAYGUAAUGGCUGUUGUGCGAACUUUACAGGAAGCAGUGAAUAAAUUCAAAGCCUUUGGAGUCGACUCGACAGAGUACGCAUGUCUAAAAGCAAUUGUCAUGUUUAAACCAACAUCUUGUGGACUAAAAGAUCCUGAGCACAUCGAAGCAACACAAGACCAAGCCCAGUUAAUGCUUGGUGAAUAUAUACGCAGUACUUAUCCAAACCAAGUCGCGAGAUUUGGGAGACUUCUACUCCUGYUGCCUGCACUACGUCGAGUCAGCGCCCUGGCAAUCGAGGAGCUAUUCUUUAAGAAAACAAUCGGCUCCGUGCCAAUUGAACGCUUACUAAGUGACAUGUUUAAAAAUGAAUAAUUUAAUCUCAGUACGCAAGAAAGGAAAUUAUACUAUUGGAUUUUAAUAGCCUCUAAUAAUAGUAGAUCAGUCUGUUCUUAAAAGAGAGACUGUUUAUGUAUUAGARUCGUUUUCAUUUUUCUGUGCAAAUGAUGAAAUACUCCAUUUUCGAUUUCAAAGCAAACAACCGCUGCUUUAUUUGACAGCAGAUUCUCUUGCGCAAAGAUCUUACCAAUUAAACACAAA